AUGUCAGAAUCAUACGAGUUUUUGUUCAAGUUUCUUGUUAUUGGAAGUGCUGGAUCCGGCAAGUCUUGCAUCCUCCAUCAGUUCAUCGAGAAUAAAUUCAAGCAAGAUUCUAAUCACACAAUAGGAGUGGAGUUUGGUAGCAAAGUGGUAAAUGUUGGAGGAAAGGCAGUGAAACUUCAAAUUUGGGAUACUGCUGGUCAAGAAAGAUUCAGGUCUGUCACAAGAAGUUACUACAGAGGUGCUGCAGGAGCACUGCUUGUCUAUGAUAUCACCAGCCGGGAGACAUACAAUGCUCUAACCAACUGGCUCACAGAUGCCCGGACGCUAGCUAGUCCCAACAUUGUUAUUGUCCUUGUGGGAAACAAGAAAGAUCUGGAAGCAGAGCGAGAAGUCACAUUCAUGGAAGCCAGUCGAUUUGCUCAAGAAAAUGAACUGAUGUUUCUGGAAACAAGUGCUCUAACAGGAGAAAAUGUUGAAGAAACGUUUUUGAAAUGUGCUCGCUGCAUACUGACAAAGAUUGAAGCUGGAGAACUAGACCCUGAAAGAAUGGGCUCUGGGAUACAGUAUGGAGAUGCACUGAGGCGAAUGCACCGCCAAGAAAAAUUACAACCACAGACGACAAGACCUGACUGUGCCUGUUAG